AUGGGCAUCACGACAUCAGAGCUUGCCGCGGUAGCCGUCACGGAAGACCGCUACGAUCCCCGGCCUUGGCCAGUCAUGAUCGCGAUCAUGAUCACCGAGGCAUCCAAUGAGGCCUCCGAGACCGAUGAAGAUAAAUUUGAUGAUGUUGCUACCCUCGAGGAUGACGAAGAGGAUGACGAGGUGACUGGUGAAGCAAAGCACUAG